AUGAGGGCAUUGUAUGCGUGUGGGAACUUGCAAGCACAGCACACUUUGGGGGAGGAGGAGCAAGCAGACCGUCCCAGAAAGAACUAUUCCUGUGGGCCAAGCCACAGCGCUUUGAUCAAGACGGCUUUGGCAGCUCGUCAAGUGGAGCAAGCAAGCAAACUGGCUUUGUUGGCAGCAGAUCCAGCCCAGAACUUGGUCAAGGUAGCUUUCAGUUCUGUGGCGCGAGGAAGGAACACAGCAAGCGCCCGGGAGACGGAAGUCUACAGCGCCUUUGAGAACUCUGAGGGGUCUCUGGACAUGUAUGCUGCCAAGUGUGACGGACGCAAAACAAUCCAGCGUGCGAAGCAAUUUGCAAUCGCUUGCCACAUCAGCGCCCAAAGGGAGAAACUUCAUGAAUGGCUCUUGCGUUCUUCACCUUUGCACGUGGUGAUGUGCCGAACCAUGGAUGAUACAAAUGUUUGUGUACAGCUGUCACAGCAAGCAAAUGGUGUGGACGACGAGGAGUUGCCAGAGUUCACUGAACAAACGAGCAAGAAGGGCAAGAUGAAGGUUGCGCCCCUGCUUGGCAUUAUUCAGAAGCUGGUAGUACGUCGUGACAAGCAGAUUGAAGCCGAGACGGUGCAACUGCACACACCAUCACAAAUACUACCUAAGGCCAACACCAUGACUUUGUACGACCGUAUUCAGCGCUGGUCGGUGUACAGUGUCGAUGGAUCCAGCGACUUCUUUGGUGGCCAAAAGCUGCAAUCUUUCUUCAAAGAGAAGGUGCCCCUGAAGUGCAUCAUUAGUUGCACUGAUUCAUUACCUACGAACAUUGCCAUUGCCGCGCUGGAACAACGGAAGUUCGUAGAUGAGGACCUGGGACGCACUGGGCUGACUUUGCUAUAUUCCCUCUGUCUACAUCAUCAAGCUUGCCUGUGCAAGAAGCCUUUGAUUUUAAAGCUUUCUGGCCUUGCCACAGGUAUGGUCAGAAUGGGGAACGCAGCCCGCUCUGGACUUUUUGCACAAAGACUGGAGGCAGCGAUCGCAGCUGUGGUUCGGAAGGUUGUCAGAGUUCCAGUUGCUGAGCUUCCCGUGUCUGUGAGAAAUCAAAUGGCCAGAAAUGAACGAAAGCUAAGCCUUUGCUCACACUCCAUGAGCGAUGACAUGAAAGAAGAGCUGUUGGCAGUCUUUAACAGUGACUGGUCCUUGCCUGUGGGGCGCACAAGCACUUUGUCACACUACUGUGCUCCAGGCUGUUGUGAGCGAGAUGAGCACACGAAGGCCAAAGCCAAGCAAAUCCUGAUGACCCUAUCAGGAAAGUUCUUCAGCCCACCGCUAUUAUACCGAUGGAAGCACUGGGAACCCUGCAUGGAGUAUUGCUUUUUGAACGCAAUCUUGCAUUCUUUGUUACAGCACCUGUGGCAGUGCUGCCUGUCAGACAAAUUUGACGACCCCGACGGUCUUGAUGGGUGGCAGGAACUAGCAGAGAUUGAUAUGGAUUCGGCUGACCUUAACCCUGCACUGGUGCAGAAAGUCCGAAUGGGCAAGGUCAUGAAGCUUAUCAGUGAGCCAGAUUUCUUGGCCAAACUGGUGAAGUCUACAGUGCUUUCACGACCGCUUGCAGAUUACAUGGACCGCUUGUCUCUGGUGGAGACAGUGAGGCAUAGGUCCCAGCUGCGUUUGCGUGGAAUAUUGCCCGAGACCAGCAAAUGCUUUAUGACAGACGAGCAACUUUCGGAGGCAAACUUGGCAUUCUUGACAGGCGACGCUGGCCUCACAGUCCUCCAGGAGUACAUGGACUUCUUACAAUGUCCGGGAGGAGAACUGUUGCCUGAUGAGUUCAAUGUAUCUCAAGACGAAUGCUUUCCCCUUGUUGUCAUUGGGCUUUGCGACUCAUGGCGAAGGCUUGUGCUGCCAUUCACAGGAUUGCCUUGGACACUCUUCCGUGCAAUCAACAUCCCAUUCAAUCAAGGGCUAGACUACAUGCGUUCUCUUGGUCUGCGUGCUGGCGCAUGCUCACAUUGCCAAGACCAAUUUUUUUCGAAGGUUCUUCUGGAUUUGGUCUUUCGCCGAUCUGAGACGGAAGAGGUCGAGGAUGCCUACAACGCUGUGGUCCUUUUCUUGAAAGACGUGGUCAUGAAUUUGCCUGCGAGUUCUGUGGCUGUUGAAAAGGCCCAUGCCAACAUCCAGGCAGACAAUGUCACCCACAGGAGCAACGUUCCUCGAGCAAUGACCUUGCAGUGCAACUCCUACCUCCUGAGUGCCAUGUUGGAGCACCAAACAGUCAAGGACAACAUAGAGGCAACAGUGCUUGGGAAAGUGAAAGGCAAAGUCCUACGACUGUUAAAAUCCAGAGCUCAUGAUAUUCAUGGUGUGGAUGCUCGAAGUGGGCUCAGCAAGGGAAACCAACUUGGACCGACCGGCCACGUCAAGAGACGCGGUGGUUUGUUGAAAGGAAUGCUGUCAGUGCAGGGUGGACGGGUCCGGAAAGGCUUCAUCAAACACCGAAAGGUGUCAAGCUUCAACGUGUUUCAGCAAUCUUGGAGGAUUAAACAUGGGAACUUCAAAGUUGGUAGUGAAUCUGCAGUGGAUUCUCACAAGGCAAUGUGCCAAGAUUACGCUGCCAUCACCCAAGAGGAGAAGAACCGAUUGAAGCAGGAGGCUACACGUGUCAAUAGUGCCCGAGCUGAACUGCUGCAGCGCCCGAUCUCUGAACGAACUGAAAAGAAAGUUGCGUUGGAGGCGGAGGGUUCACAGUUGCGGAUGAGCCAAGCUAAACGACUGAACCAGGCACGGCUAGAUACAACCUUGUCAUCGCUGUCCUCCCAUCCAGCUUGGGGGCAUGGUCUGGCACUGGGAGAUCACAUUUGCGCCCUGCGCGCAAACUUUGCCAAGAUGUACAGUGAACAACGUGAGGAGAUGAUUCAAUUCACCAAGGACCAAUUGGCCUUUGACCAGAAGAUAUCGAAAAACCUUCCAAGCCAGUCCUUUUCACGCUCAUGUAUGUGGGGUCGUGGUGGAAUUUGCUGCCAGUCUGAUGAUUUCAAAGCCAUUGAGAUGAUUGUUCAUCAGUUUGAUGGAGUUUUACAUGCCAACAAGCUGGACACAUCUCCCGUCCUGGUUGAGUUGAGGCCUGAUAGAUCCAAACUGCCUGCAAAGGCGUGUCCUUCGCCCAAAUCCUUCUCAGGCAUGCUUGGUGCCGUGACAAGGAAACCUAUCAGCCACAUAUUCAUUUCACUGUGGUGUACUAGCCCGGGCCUGUACAGAUUCAAGGUGAAGAAUAACGCACCCUGCUUGAUGACAUUACAUCAAUGCUGCAAAAGCUUGGUGGCAGAGCACUGCCAUCAUGGUUUUGAAUUGCAGACCUUCAGCUUGCAGGUGAGGGUCUACAAAGAUGUCACCUUCAUUGAAUCCACGGGCCCGACAGAUGUGUUCGCUUUGUCGCCCAGUUCCCCUCCAGCGCUAGAUUUUACAGUGGGCCAGUCGUUUGGGGAGAAGAGCAAGCGGCCUGCUGAAGGGCCUGCUCCCAGGGCAUCUACAUUGCCAUUUGGCCUCAGUGGCUUGUUGAAGCCAGCUCCAAAGCCAGCUUCAGCUUCUUGUUCGAAGAGGCAGAAGACUACUCCGGCCACAACUUGUUUUGGAGCACAACUUCAUGGUUCUGAUCCUGGUGAAACUGGAGCUUCCGCUUCUGUUGCUGACCAACCGAGACAGGGAAGCGCCACGUCUGUUGGAGAUUCAAGCCUGGGCGCAGGCGACUUUUUUGCUAUGCUCUCAGGGUGGGCCAAUCCUCAAGCAGAGAAAGGGUCGACUGAAUGCGCGGAGGCAGCAAAUGGUGAGCGUGGUGAGCAAAUGGACGCUUUCCCAGUUGAGCUGGAUGACGAGUCCAAGCAGGAGUGGACUGAAGCAGUUCGUGCUGACGCAGAGCCGCCCACUCUUGAUGCUGAUGAACCAGUGGCUCCAAAAACUAAUCCCACACCCGCUGGAGCCCUAGAUGGAGAUGGACCUGCAAGGGUCGGCCGCAUCCAACAUUCUUGCCUUGGGAUCAAUGGAGUUGAUCAUGUGAAGAGAAAAAACGUGAAGUGUUUCCACUGUAGUGGCACGAUUGACAAGGGGAGUCCACGGUUCUCGUUAGUUGUCCAUUUGCGGAAGCCCCCACGCUCUAUACACACAGAAUGCCUGGCACAAUUGGACGAAGUUGUUUGCCAGAAUUCAGCACAAUUCUUGCGAGAAUUCAUCAGUGCUUCGUCUGACAGUAGCUUAGUGGCUGUGAGUCGACAAGCACUUGCAACGUUAAGUGGUUAG